AGCAACCGGCAGCAUUUGUUUACAAAAUAAUUAUUAAACGUUUAGGUCAAUAAAUAAUUAUGUCGAAUGAUAAGCGCACAGUUUAUGUUGGCGGAUUGGCGGACGAGGUGACAGAAAGGCUGCUCAACAAUGCUUUUAUACCAUUUGGUGAUAUAGCGGACAUACAAAUGCCUGUUGACUACGAGUCACAAAAGCAUCGCGGUUUUGCUUUUGUUGAGUAUGAAAACUAUGAAGACGCUGCCUCCGCCAUAGACAACAUGAACGAUGCAGAAUUGUGUGGCCGCACAAUACGCGUGAAUUUGGCCAAGCCUGUGCGUGUGAAGGAAGACAGUUUCAAGCCCGUUUGGGCGGACGAUGAUUGGUUGCAAAAGCAUGCGGGCGCUACAUUACCUGCAGAGGGCGAAGCUGAAGCGGAGAAGACCCAAGUGGAGACACCUUCGACAGGUCCGGCGGUCAUUGAAAAGGCAGAGAAACGCAAUCCACAGGUGUUCUUUGACAUAAGGAUUGGCGGCAAUGAUGCGGGACGUGUUGUCAUGUUGCUCCGCGCUGACGUGGUGCCCAAGACAGCGGAGAACUUUCGACAGCUUUGCACACAUGAGCAGGGCUAUGGCUACAAAGGCUGUAGUUUUCAUCGCAUUAUUCCUGACUUUAUGUGUCAAGGUGGCGAUUUUACCAAUAACAAUGGCACUGGUGGAAAGUCUAUCUAUGGCAAAAAGUUCAACGAUGAGAACUUUAAUCUGAAGCACAAUAGUUUUGGUACGCUGUCCAUGGCCAAUUCGGGUCCCAAUACAAACGGUUCACAGUUCUUUAUCUGCACUACAAAAACCGAUUGGCUGGAUAACAAGCAUGUGGUCUUUGGUCAUGUUAUCAGUGGAGCGGAUGUAGUGCGCAAAAUGGAGAAAUGCGGCAAUAAAACCGGUACCCCCACACAAAAGAUAACGAUUUACUCCUGCGGCGAACUGAAGUGAAAAUAAAGUA